GGGCUGCGCUGUCCUUUUGUGUCCUAGAGGAGCCCGGGGCCAGCGCGCAGCUCCGCCAACUCAUGGGCCGCCCGGUCCCCGGCGCGCGGGGCCACUGAGCCAGCCGCCCGGACGCGGGCCCAGCGCCGGCACCCCGCCGGCCGCCCCUGCCCUGCAGCCCCCGCGCCGAGCCCUUGCGCCGCCGCUCCAAGAGCCUCUCUCCAGCCAUGUCCUCCCGGGAACGCCGGACGGAAUUCUUCAUCAAAACCGAACCGGCUUCGCCCGAUAGCCUCGUCCAACACAGUCCCAGCGGAUCCUCCGACACCAGCACCAGCGGGGCCCCCGCUGAACUCGAAACCGCCAGCACCUUACCGGCCGGGACGGGAGCUUCUCGCCGACGCCACGACGAUGAUCCCGAUGAAGCUCCCGGCCGGGGGAAAUACAUGCUGAACACGAUGCCCAAGCGGCUGUGCUUGGUCUGUGGGGACAUCGCCUCGGGGUACCACUACGGGGUGGCCUCCUGCGAAGCCUGCAAAGCGUUCUUCAAGCGGACGAUCCAAGGAAGCAUUGAGUACAGCUGUCCGGCUACCAACGAGUGUGAAAUCACCAAACGUCGGCGGAAAGCGUGCCAGGCGUGCCGUUUCACCAAGUGCCUGCGUGUGGGCAUGCUGAAGGAAGGGGUACGCCUUGAUCGGGUUCGUGGGGGUCGCCAGAAAUAUAAGCGCCGGCCAGAGGUGGAGGGUGCCCCCUAUCCCAGCACUUUUGUGACCCCGCAGAUCGCCACAGCUACCGCCAAGAAGUCAGCUCCGAUGAACACGAUGGUGUCACACUUGUUGGUCGCGGAACCGGAAAAACUCUACGCCAUGCCCGACCCGGCGCUUCCCGAAGGUCCCGCAAAAGCCGCGAGCACUUUGUGUGAUCUGGCCGACCGGGAAAUUGUGGUCAUCAUUGGCUGGGCCAAAAAUAUACCAGGGUUCCCAGCGUUGUCCUUGGCCGAUCAGAUGUCCGUCCUGCAGAGCGUCUGGCUGGAGGUUUUGCUCCUUGGCGUCGCCUGGCGUUCGCUGCCUUGUGAAGAUGAGAUUGUGUUUGCGGAAGAUUUCGCGCUCGACGAAGAGGCGGCCCGGACGGCGGGACUGCUGGAGCUGAGCAGCGUAGUCCUCCAGCUGGUGCGAAAAUACCGGGCGCUGCGCUUGGAACGCGAGGAAUAUGUGCUGCUGAAGGCGUUGGCCCUUGCCAACUCAGACUCCGUUCAUAUCGAGGACAUGGCAGCCGUGCAACGCCUCCGGGACGUCCUUCACGAGGCGUUGCUGGAGUACGAAGCCUCGCGGCGCCCCGAGGAGCCUCGCCGAGCCGGCCGCCUUUUGCUGACCCUCCCGCUGCUGCGCCAAACGGCCACCCGGGUGCUGCACCACUUCUACAGCCUGAAGCUGGAAGGCAAAAUCCCCAUGCAUAAGCUCUUCCUGGAGAUGUUGGAAGCCAUGAUGGACUGAAGGCAGGACAGGCUGAGAAUUGGGGUCAGGAUUCAGGAGGGUGGGGGAGCCCAGGCAUCCAGGGCGGGGGCGGGAGAUGGGGGGUGGGUGGGCAAAGCACGCGACAGAGACCAGCAGCCGCAGAGGCCCGGAUGCGGAUUCUUCCACCCUCUGAAUCCCCGCCACGGCUAUCGCGCUACUAAUAUGCAUUUCACCUUAUGCAAACCUCGCGGUCGCCUCCCACCCCCCCCAAGCUUCGCGCACCGCGGAGGACGACAUCACUGCAACGCAGGCGCCACGGCAAUCCUUCCCGGAUUUGAUUUUGACACCCGGGGCCGGUUGGUGGAGACAGGGACAAAAUGUUUUGGAAGCCAUAUUUUAAUUUUAAUUUAUUGAUCGGGAAGUGGGGGAGGGGGCAGGGAAGGAGAUUAGAGGAGGGCUUCUCCUCCUUGGCAGCAGGAAGGGGGGGGGGGGGGUUGGACUUCAGUUCCCAGAAUUCCCCAGUCAGCCUGCUUUAAGUGGGGGGGGGGAGAUUUUGACUCCCAGAAUUCCUCAGGCAACUUCAAUUCCCAGAAUUCCCCAGUCAGCCUGCUUUAAGGGAGGGGGGGAUUUUGACUCCCACAAUUCCUCAGGCAAGAGAGGUGGACAUCAAUUCCCAGAAUUCCCCAGCUAGCAUAUUUUUGGCAUGGGUGGACUUCGACUCCCAGAAUUCCCCAGCCAGCAAUGCUUUUAAGAUGGGUGGACUUCAGGUCCCAGAAUUCCUCAGGCAACAUGCUUUUAAGAGGGGGUGAACUUCAACUCCCAGAAUUCCCUAGCAAGCACGCUUUCAGCUGGGUUGGACUUCGACUCCCAGAAUUCACGCAGGCUGAGGAAUUCUGGGAGCUGUAGUCCAGCCUUCUAUCCGCCGAGUUUGAUAAAAAGAGCAGAUCAGAUCCUGUAGCACUAACAAUUCUGGGUUUACAGGAUGGGGGAGGGGGGGAAAUCGGAGGUGUCCCACCCCAGAUGGGGCAAGAGAGUCUUGUUUGGGGGGGGGCACCCAAGCCGAAUGUCUCUGUGGGUCUAUUUUGGGGAAGGGUCCUUUCCUGUUGCUUAAAUUUUCUUCCCGGUGUCUCUUCGUUCAUACACUUGGGCGAUGUACCCCGCGAUCCAAAGCACCUUAAGACAUUGUGGGAAGUUACGGCUCCAGGAAUUUUGGGAUGUAGACAAUGGGAAGGGUGGGGGGAUGGAGAAGGGAGGGCACGGGACAACCCCCCCCUCUCCUUCAUUUUGCCUUUGCGUGCUUGGUCUUCAUGCAACCUCAGGGGAGUGAUACUCCUCCGCCUUUCUCUGCCCCAUUCCUUCCAUCUUGCCUCCUUCUCUCCUUCUCCCCCCCCCCCCCGAAUUAUCCCUUUGAAGCAAUAACUUUGAAUUUUUUUAAAAAACGGGAUGCGAGAGUUGGGGGGGGGUCUCCGAGGGGUAGGGGGGCUGCCUGGUAUCGCACGCAACCUGCCUUCAAAGCCAGGAAAGUGGUGGGCUGCGGUGAAGGAGCAAGCCCCCCCCCCACUCCGAGACAGAAUAAUAAAAAUAAAAAUAAAGGCCGGUCCUUUCGUUCUGCAUCCUUCACCGAAUUCCCACAUAGCAAUAGUUCAAAAGGCAAUUUUUUUGCUUUUCUUUUCAGGUGUGAGGCCCUGUCUCCCCCUCCCUUCCCCACCUCCGUCCAAAGCAAUAAAAAGAACCCCCCCACCACCUUAUUUUCCCACCCGCACCCCUCUCAAUUCCUUUCCUUCCCGCUAAAAGUCGGAAGGGAGGCCCAUAGUGGCUUGAACGGGACAUAGCCGUGUACAUAGCAAUAUAUUUUAUUGUAUAUUUGUUGCAGGAAAAAAAAAAAAUUUAAAAAAGGGGAAAAGAUCUUGGGACACCCUGUUUCCUUCCCCAAUGAGGCAGGUGUGAUAUUCUUCUUGGGGAAGGGAGUGGGGGGGGAAAAAACGGAAAGAUGGGGAAAAAAAACAAGACGCUGGAUUUUUUUUUUUUAAUUAAAUUAUGUGUGUGUACAUAUUAUAAAUACUCUGAUUUGUGUAUAGGCGGUUAUACAUUCAUAGAGAGCUCUAUUAAUGAAAGAAUUAAAAGGCGGCCAAUGCAGCCUCUGGCAACAA